ACUACUAAGGCAAGAAUUUUCAUCCAUGUUGUAUGCGGCCAUUUCUUUCACGCUUGGAUAACUCCCACCACUCACAUCCACAUCACCAUUACUAUCUCUUGUUUUGAGACUUUGACUAGACCUAUUCUGACUGAAGCCGUCGCUUUGAUAGAAACUGCCACUAUACCCCUUGCACCAUCCCAUCAAAAAUGUCACAUAUCGAGUCUCGCCGCCGCCGACACUCUGUGAUCAGCCCUGUAGCUAUGUCUUCUGCAGCAGCAGCAGCCAUUUCAGAAUCUGAUGCUAUUCCACGACCCAAGUCCACCCCUGUGGACGAACGGAUACUACAAAACAGCCAUGACGAUCACCUCCUUGAUUCGGAAACGGAAGAAAAAGAUGAAAUGGACGUAGACGAGAACGCGGCCCAUCCAUCCGACCCUCUUUCCUCUUCCCAACUCCCUGCUGGAUCCUCUUCAAAAGUCAACGGAUCGUCUGCUGCAGACCGUCCGACCAAACCAUUGCCUUCCAACAAGUCAAGGAAAAUGGCACAGAAUGGUUCUCUGCUUACCAACCCACACAUGCUCCCUGUCCAGGCUCAUGUACCGAAAGGAGGCGUGAUCCAGAGCCAGAGACGGCUGUAUGUCAUUCUGGAGCAGGCGUGCUUGGAGGUGUACCGUGUCAGUACGGGUGGAAGGAGUAAAAAUGGACGGGAAGGUGAUGUCAAGUAUGCCCUUUUGAACUGUGACGAUCAUCAGGGUAUACUUGCGAAAACUGGACGAGAUAUCGCGGAUGCUCGGCCGGAUAUCACUCAUCAGUGUCUCCUCACUUUGCUCGAUUCGCCGCUGAAUAAAGCCGGCCGUCUGCAAGUGUACAUUCAUACCGCAAAAGGGGUCCUCAUUGAGGUCAAUCCCCAUGUGAGGAUACCUCGUACAUUCAAGCGAUUCAGCGGGUUGAUGGUGCAAUUGCUUCACAAACUAUCGAUAAGAGGUGUAAACGGCCCAGAAAAGCUACUGAAAGUUAUCAAGAACCCGAUUACUGAUCAUUUACCACCCAAUACCAUCAAACUCACACUCUCUGGGGAUUCACCAACUAUGCGGCUGUCAAAAUACCUCCCUACGCUUCCUGAAACACACAACAUCGCUGUCUUUGUCGGAGCUAUGGCAAGAGGCAAGGAUGAUUUCGCCGACGGCGUGGUAGAUGAGAAAAUCAGUAUUAGCGACUAUCCAUUGAGUGCGUCGGUCGCAUGUGGCAAGGUACGCAGCCCUUUUUAUUUCUCUUGGCUGCAUCUGAUUCGUUGCCCUAGUUCUGUUGUGCGCUAGAAGAACUCUGGGACAUUGUCUAAACAACGGGGUAAAAGUAUAAUAUUUUCGGGGACUGCGCAGGGAUGGUCUUGUGCAUUUGUACUGUAUUGCUACUGUAUUCAACUACGUGAUACGUCGUUGUACCACUUUGUACAUCUUAAUCAACUAUAAGAUGAACAUGAUCAGUCAUUUUGAGGCAGAGG